CUUUGGUCCCUCGCUGUCGAGGCGCGUCGUGGACGAGCUACUGUCGCCGUCAACCUGGAAAGCGGAGCGUGCUGGUGUGGCGCCGAGCGGAUGUCCCCCAUGGGUGGUGUUGUGAGUGCCCUCGGAAGCCAGAAGAGGGCGGUGGAUGCCCUUGAAUUGGAGUUAAAGGUGGUUGUGAACCAUCUGAUGUGGGUGCUGGCUCAUAGGACAUCUCCCUGGCCCUUGAAGGUCCUGCUUGUUUGUUUUUGGUUUACGGUCUCCCUAUGUAGACUAGGUUGGCCCAGGACUCAACAAAUUUCUGCCUACCUCUCCCUCCCAAGUGCUAAGAAUAAAGAUAUACACCAGCACCUGGCUAAGUCUGUGAUUUGUCUUUCAAUGAUUUCAUUCAUGUUUUAUGUGUAUUAGUGUUUUUACCUGCAUGUGUGUCUCAAAAGAGGGCGUUGAAUCCCCUGUGGCUGGAAACCAUACCUGGUUCUCUGCCAGAGCAGCAAGUCCUGCUGUCCCCUAAAGUGCAUGUUUUUAACAGGGCGAGGUGGCACUUUUUCGUAUAAGGCUGCUUCUCUUGAAAGCAGUCCUGGCUUCUAAGGCUGGCAUCCAAAUAAUUCUGGAAGAAGAACUGACAGUCUGUGCACCCUAACAACCCUGGACAGAAACCAGCAUGUCUCAGGCCAGCAAGAGGAAGCAUGUGGUGCAGGAGGUGCUGGGGGAGCACAUGGUGCCUUCUGACCACCAGCAAAUAGUGAAAGUCCUCAGGACUCCUGGGAACAAUCUGCAUGAGGUGGAAACAGCACAGGGGCAGCGCUUCCUGGUGAGCAUGCCCUCCAAAUACCGCAAGAACAUCUGGAUCAAGAGAGGGGAUUUCCUCAUUGUUGACCCUAUUGAAGAAGGAGAAAAAGUGAAGGCUGAGAUCUCUUUUGUGCUCUGCAAGAACCAUGUCCGCUCUCUACAGAAGGAGGGUCACUGGCCUGAGGCCUUCUCUGAGGUAGCUGAGAAACAGAACAAUAUGAACAGAGAGAGUCAACCAGAACUCCCUGCUGAGCCACAGCUGUCAGGAGAAGGGUCAAGUUCUGAAGAUGAUUCUGACCUCUUUGUCAACACCAAUCACAGACAGUAUCAUGAGAGUGAGGAGGAGAGUGAAGAAGACGAGGAGGAGGAGGAGGAGGCAGCCUGAGCCCCAGGACCCACUUCUCUAUUUGCUCAGGGACUACCCCUUGGCUUUUCUGGGCUUGGACAUCCCCAGGGUGCCCUGCAGAUCUUUUCCUUUGGAUGAGGACAAAGAUGGCCCCUUUCUGAACUGACCUAAAAGAAUUAAACCCCUGGUGGGUGAUGACUUACACUGGUGUCUGAGUGGCUCUCUGUGGAGGGAAGCUCAUGGUGAAGUCUCUUCGGUGGUGGAAGCCUUGGUCACGUAUGAGGAGAAUGGAAAGGAAAUGGUUUGGCCUAACUCUGCUGCAUGUGUCUGGUUCACAGUACCUCUCUGUACACUUUAUGCCUCGCUCUACACUGUGCCUUACUGGGUCUUCUUCAUACCUGCUUUCGUUUAGUCGUGAUUCCAAUAGUUAAGCUUGUUGCCUAGGACCUAGUACUCACUUGCCUCUUAAGCACAGCUGAGGACAAACCUCUUGGUGCCUUGUUGUCCCUUAUUGCAACAGUGCAUACUACCUGCUGCCAUACAAACAACACCCAUGCACCCUGUCUCUCUUCACCUUAGGCACCUGUCAUUUCCAGAAUGUGUCUGUGGUCAGGAUAACCUCCUUACCGUCUCAUGUUUUUUUAAUUUUUCCAAUUUCCUCAGGGUAUAAAUUUCCUGUAAUCUUGAGAUGGUCUGUAACGUAGGUUUGCUUGGGAAUCACUGUAUAGCCUAGGCUGACCAACUCAAUGGCUGUCCUGCCCACAGGCAUGAACCUGUGGGGCUCCUAACCUUUUAUUAGAGGCUAUUGCAACGCCCUUACCCCUUGUACCUCAGCAUCAAAAGGCUGAUCGUGGCAACUCAGACCUCUGCUCAUGACUGCCUCCAUUCAUUUACUCACUCUCAUUGCCUUAGUUCACAGAUCCUUCAGUAGCCCAGGUACUCACUAAACUUCGAGCUUCUGUGAACUGUGUCUGUCCUCGCUUGUUGGAAGGCUUUUGCUUCUGGCUAUACACUGCUAGCAUUAACCCAGCCCCUGCUGAAUACCAUUGAAAUUGACCUCUCAGCUCAGUAUUGCCCCUGCUGGUCAUUUGCUCCAUCCCACAGUGGAACUCUUCAACCCUGUUGCCCACUCCUAAUGUGUGUGUGUGUGUGUGUGUGUGUGUGUGUGUGUGUGUGUUUUCCGUGUGCACUUGUACUAAUGGAACUUCUACUUUGGAGCCUUUCUGAGGGAUUUUGUUUUUCUGUUGUGGGUAGUUGGUUGAGUGUGGAGGCAUGUAUUAGCUUCAUAUGCUAUAUAGAAUCUCUUAUUUUUGAACAAAUCUUAUGAUCAUACCCUCUCUGGCUUUCAUUUAUGUCCGUCAUGUUUGCUUUUUGUGAUAGUAAAUGUAUACUUGGGUAUACACAUGUAUAAAAUACAGAUGUAUAUACAUGGAAAAAUAAACUAGAUGGGUUAAAGAUGAACCUAUCUUUAA